AAGGCAACGAACCUCAACAGGCCGGGGUCCAACUUUUUUCUGAAGCAGCGCAACCGACAGCGACAGAGAGAGGCGGGAGGCUCACGACGUCGCCGUUUGUGUCCUACAGCUCGCAAUGGCUUCCACACAUCAUUGCCUUGCCUCUCUGGCAAGGCUCAGCCUGUCCACACCAGCCAGGCCAACGGUCACCUCGACAAUACCAAAAUUCCUCGUGCCAUCGGUUGCGACACCACAGGUCCGGCAUGCGUCUGGUGGCGGUGGUGGAGGCAUGCGCAAGAAGCCGGUGAAGAAGAAGAAGACCUAUAAGACAUUCCGCAGCUAUGAUCUCUCACCAAUGGAGCAGUUCACACUCUGCGAUGCCAUGAGGUACCUCCGCGCUGCCGAAGUUGGACGUCCACCUACCACCGUCAAGUAUGACCUCGCCGUCAAAGUCAAGACCCAGAAGAGCGGUCCCGUCCUCCGAAGUGCCAUUCGUCUGCCCUUCCCAGUCAAGACCGAUACCCGUAUCGGUGUCAUCUGCCCCGAGGGCAGCGCCCUAGCGACUGAGGCUCAACAACUUGGUGCCGUGGCGGUGGGUGAGGAGAGCUUAUUCGAGGCCAUCCGACGAGGAGAGAUCGCCUUCAACAAGUUGAUCUGCCACACCGACAGCCAAGAAGCCCUGAAGAAAGCCCAGGUCGCCAGAAUUCUCGGUCCCAAGAAUCUGAUGCCCAACCCAAAACGUGGAACCAUUACCAGCGACAUCAAGGAGACGAUGCAGGAGUUGAUUGGCGCGGACGAGUACAGAGAAAGAAGCGGUGUUGUGAGAAUGGCCGUGGGCCAGCUCGGUUUCUCCCCCAAAAUGCUUGCCGACAACAUCAAGGCGUUCAUGUCCAAACUCAAAGACAACAUCAACCAACUGGACGACAACAUUCCCAAGGCUAUUGACGAGGUUGUUUUGAGCACAACGCAUGGCCCAGGGAUCAGUUUGAACGGUAACUUUGCCCCAACAGACGACAAGGUCAAGCCAGAACACCUGGCUACUGUCAUGUAGUUUUGUUGUUUUUCAAUGUAUAUUAGAUGUAUGCCAUGUAUCAUAAUCCUUGUAUGAAGAAAAAAAAAUCCUGGA